AUUUCCUCUGCAACACUCACAUCAUCCCGGUGAAGAACGAGGAGGGCGUGGUCAUGAUGUUCAUCCUGAGCUUCGACUACGUCCUGGAGGACGGGAGCAUGGACUCGCUGGAGCGCAUCAACCACACGUCCCCGUCCAGACCGCAACACAGAAAGGGACGUUUCUUCCGCUUUCGCCUCCCCAUGCCACUAAGCAUGCUGGGACUGAGUAAGCAGUCCCUUCCUCAGGAGGACCCGGAUGAAGUGACCGUCUACUCGCCCGAACAAAUGGACAUACCCUCAUCCUGCUCCUCUUCAUCGUCCCUGUCUCUGUCGCUCUCGCCGCACGAACUCCGCCCUUCCACGCAAGACAGCUGCAGCCCCUUGUACGCCAACGACACCAGGGCUCUGAUCUGCCAGAACAUGCUGGACUCGUCCUCUCCCGCCUCCGGGCCUCAGGACCGGUCCUCACCCCGGGACACGACGGGAAGGACGGAACCUUCUGGAUCGGUGGGCAGCGGGAGCGUGUGCACUCUGCGCAGAGCCUCGUCCACGCAUGACCUCGAGGGCUUUCAUGCGCAUGUGGACAUGACGUACCGUGGGCGGCACGCCAGUGAAGCAGGGCCGUUUAGCCAGAUCAAGUGCAGUCUCCUGGGCUCGACGUCAGACUCAAACCUCACCAAAUACAGCACCAUCAACAAGAUCCCGCUCAUCACGCUCAACUUCUCCGACACCAACAACGACAAGCGCCCCGCCUCGCCGCCCUCCUCGGAAAAAACCAUCAUCGCUCCGAAGGUCAAAGACCGCACUCACAACGUCACGGACAAGGUCACGCAGGUGUUGUCUUUGGGUGCGGACGUACUUCCUGAGUACAAGCUCCAGACGCAGCGCAUCGACAAGUUCACCAUCCUGCACUACAGCCCGUUCAAGGCCGUGUGGGACUGGCUCAUCCUGCUGCUGGUCAUUUACACGGCCAUCUUCACGCCGUACAGCGCCGCCUUCCUGCUCAACGACCCCGAGGAGAAGGAGCGGCGCGUCUGCGGCUACUCGUGUAACCCGCUCAACGUGGUCGACCUCAUCGUGGACAUCAUGUUCAUCGUCGACAUCCUCAUCAACUUCCGCACCACGUACGUCAACGCCAACGACGAGGUGGUCAGCCACCCGGGCAAGAUCGCCGUGCACUACUUCAAAGGCUGGUUCCUCAUCGACAUGGUGGCCGCAAUCCCCUUUGACCUGCUCAUAUUCGGAUCGGGAUCAGAGGAGACCACGACACUGAUAGGUCUCCUGAAGACGGCCCGGCUGCUGCGACUGGUGCGUGUGGCUCGAAAGCUGGACCGCUACUCCGAGUACGGUGCCGCCGUGCUCAUGCUGCUUAUGUGCAUCUUUGCGCUGAUCGCUCACUGGCUGGCGUGUAUCUGGUACGCCAUCGGGAACGUUGAGAAACCCUAUCUGAAGCACACCAUCGGCUGGCUCGACAACCUCGGCAUGUCCAUCGGCAAGGUGUACAACUACAGCGACCCGUCCUCGGGACCGUCGAUCAAGGACAAGUACGUGACGGCGCUGUAUUUCACUUUCAGCAGCCUGACGAGCGUCGGCUUUGGGAACGUCUCGCCGAACACUAACUCGGAGAAGAUCUUCUCCAUCUGCGUCAUGCUCAUCGGGUCCCUGAUGUACGCCAGCAUCUUUGGGAACGUUUCCGCCAUCAUCCAGCGCCUGUACUCGGGAACGGCGCGGUAUCACCUGCAGAUGCUCAGGGUCAAGGAGUUCAUCCGCUUCCAUCAGAUCCCCAACCCGCUGCGGCAGAGGCUGGAGGAGUAUUUCCAGCACGCAUGGACGUACACCAACGGCAUCGACAUGAACAUGGGAUUUCCAGAGUGUCUACAGGCUGACAUCUGUCUCCAUCUCAAUCAGUCUCUGCUGGAGGGCUGUAAGGCGUUUCGAGGCGCCAGCAAAGGUUGUCUGCGUGCUUUGGCCAUGCGCUUUAAGACGACGCACGCCCCGCCUGGCGACACCCUGGUGCACUGUGGGGACGUCCUCACCGCUUUGUAUUUCCUCGGCAGAGGAUCGAUAGAGAUCCUGAAGGACGACGUAGUGGUGGCUAUACUAGGCAAAAACGACAUCUUCGGGGAGAUGAUCCAUCUUUAUGCCAAGCCGGGCAAAGCCAACGCAGAUGUGCGAGCUCUUAGCUACUGCGACUUGCACACCAUCGAUAGAGAGGAGCUCCUGGAGGUCUUGGAUAUGUACCCAGAGUUCGCUGACUACUUCUGGUCCAACCUGGAGCUUACCUUUAAUCUGCGGGAUGAGCACGCCAAGAUCAGCGGCGUUCGCCAGAGAAACCUGUACACCCCAGUGAGUGACUCUGAACAGGAGGAGAUCAACACCAGGUCAAAAGCCUGCUUUAAAAGCAGGACGUCUACAGGGACUCAGAGUCGACACAGAGUGAUGGAGAGGGACAGAGGGAGAGACAGAGAUACACUGCAGGGAGAAGAUGAGGAAGAGGAGGAGGAAGAGGAGGAGACGAGAAGCAAAGACGAGGCCGAAGAAAAAGAGGAGAAGAGGAAUUUGGAUUUGGGGAUGCUCGGCAACUCGCUUCCUCUCGACCUAAACAUGCUCCCGGACCCGCACGCUGAGCAAUGCGCUGAGUUAUAUACAGAAGUGUGUGAUGAGAAAUGGCCCUGUGGGAACAUCAAUGGCUCAGCACAAUUUCAGGAUAGAGAGGGCGGAGGUGACUGCGACAGCGACGUCACAUUCGGGGAAAUGGAGCAGAGGCUGGACUUGCUGCAGGAACACCUGAACAGAUUGGAGGUUCAGAUGACGUCUGACAUCCAGGCCAUCCUGCAGAUGCUGCAGAGACAGAGUGCCCUGGGGCCUCCAGCCUACAGCACUUUAGCCUCCAGCCCUGAAUACCACAAACCAGCCAUCAGAGUGCAGCCUGUUACUGCUGUACAGACACAGUCUUCGCAGAGUCCCGAUUUAGAAAACCAGCCUAGUGAGAGAGACAAACCCAAAGACUGCGCACUUCCCGCUGCCAUGGAGACGACCUCCGAUGCGAGCGGGAUAAAAGACUCGGAGUGGGAGGCGGAGCUCAGACCGACACACGAGAGGAGCGAGUCCUCGGCUUCCCCGCGUCAGAGGGCCCUUCACCUGUCGAUCAGACAGACGUCCCUCCCCGAUUCGUCUCCUCACGAGGGCACGACGCCGGGACUCCACAGGCCCUCCUCUGACCCGGGGCUUCCAGGGAACAGGCAUUAGGUCAUCACAGAAAUCCACAUAAUACGAUAUGUUUAUAAGGUGUUAUAACCAUAUCUGGAAGUAGGAUACCAGAGUCGUUCCCCUCUCGCACUGGAAACCAGCGCACGCUAGACUCAGGGUACAUAGUGAAAGUGUGUGUGUGUGUGUGUGAAAGGGAGAG